AACAACCGCUCGAGAGCUGUCUAAACGCAGCAUGGCCUGCAGCAGAUAUGAAUAUGUGAAAACAUACGAGCAGGAUGACACCAUUUUACCGAAUGUGUGGAUUGUUAUUCGGAUUGAUGGCAAAAAGUUUCACAAGUUCUCCAAGACCCACAACUUUGAGAAGCCAAACGACGAGAAUGCUCUUAAUGUAAUGAAUGCGGCUGCCACUGCUGUGAUGCAGGAGUUUCGGGAUGUUGUCCUGGCUUAUGGCCAGAGCGAUGAAUAUUCGUUUGUGUUCCGCAAGGAGACGGCGGCAUUCAAGCGUCGCUCAGCGAAACUACUGACCUACGUGACCAGCCUGUUCUCCACGAGCUAUGUGAUGCAGUGGUCCAAGUGGAUGUGUUUGCCGCUGGCCUAUGCCCCAUGCUUUGAUGGGCGCGUGGUGCUAUAUCCUUCGGAUGAGAAUCUAAGGGAUUAUCUGAGCUGGCGGCAGGCCGAUGUCCAUGUGAAUAAUCUGUAUAAUACUGCAUUUUGGAAACUCGUUCUGGACUCGGGAUUGAGCAAUCAAAAGGCCGAGGAACGACUACGUGGAACCUUCUCAGCGGAUAAAAACGAAUUGCUAUUCCAAGAGUUUGGCAUCAAUUACAACAAUCUGCCAGCCAUGUACCGAAAGGGUACGAUACUGCUCCGGAAACGUGUUAUCAGCGAUGGGGAUAAUGACCAAAAGGGAAGACAGGCCAUCGUGCCGCUCCACGAAGAUCUGAUUUCAUCGCACUUCUGGAAAGUCCACACAGAGAUAUUGGGAAAGUAUGUGCCCGGCACUUAUACGGCUCCUGAAAUCAUGCCCAGACUAGUGGACUUGCAAUUGAACACCAAGCAGGAGAAGGGCGAUUACGAAAAGAAGCAACCAGAGAAUCUGGCCGGGAUUAGCUGAUAGUUCAACUUAUGGCAAUAUAUUUUAAGAUUAAAAUUACAUUAAGCAAUGCUAAAAAAAAAACAUA